CCCGCUCCCUCCAAGUGAGGGAAUAAAGUUGCGGGCCGGGCCGGGCGGGCCCGGCCGGAGCGGAGCGGGGCUGCAGCGCGGCCGCGGCGCGGGGCCAUGGCCUCGGAGGAGCUGGCGCAGAAGCUGCAGCGGCGGCUGCAGCUGGAGGCGAGCGGGGCGGCGGAGGAGGGCGAGGCGGAGGUGGCCAAGGGCGCGGCGGAGGAGGAGGAGGCGGCGGAGCGGAGCUCCCUGACGGCCAGCGCGGGCGCCGAGCUCAGCGCCAAGCUGUGCCGCCGGCACGACAUCAACGAGGGCGCGGCGCAGCCCCGCCGGGCCGCCGUGUUCAACCCCUACACCGAGUUCAAGGAGUUCAGCCGCCGGCAGAUCAAGGACAUGGAGCGCAUGUUCCGGCUGUAUGACUCAGGACGGGAUGGAUACAUCGACCUGAUGGAGCUGAAGCUGAUGAUGGAAAAGCUGGGAGCGCCACAGACCCACCUGGGGCUGAAGAACAUGAUCAAGGAGGUGGAUGAAGACUUUGAUGGGAAGCUCAGUUUCCGUGAGUUCCUGCUGAUUUUCCAUAAAGCUGCAGCUGGGGAGCUCGAGGAGGACAGCGGCCUCUUGACUCUUGCGAAGCUCUCGGAGAUAGAUGUAUCCAUUGAGGGAGUCAAAGGAGCCAAGAACUUCUUUGAAGCUAAGGCCCAAGCCCUCUCCUCAGCCAGUAAGUUUGAAGCAGAGAUAAAAGCCGAGCAGGACGAGCGGAAGCGGGAAGAGGAGGAAAGGAAGCACCGCCGAGCAGCUUUCAGGGAGUUAAAAUCUGCAUUUACCCAGUAACCAACCAGCCCAUAUGCACUCUGAGAUUGCACAGGACUUGGUACGUUCCCCACAUCAGGGCUCUACCUGGAGAGAACUGCUUGGAUCCUGCCUAAAACUCACCACAGCUUCACUAGCCUUCCUCUCCUGAAGAUCCUCCUGAGUUUCCAAGGGCACAACUCUUGCAGUUACUAUGCAUUCAUAAUGCUGUGAAUAGCAGGAGCUGUAUGUGCUGUUUGCUCUGAGCUGCCAGGAGCUCAUCACCCUGGAGCAAAACCAGCAGAUAGCAAAUCAUGGGUGAGCACUGACAAGCGUCAUGUUUGCCUGCUUCAUUCUUCCCUAUACAUCCUUUGGCUCUUAAUCCUGUAUUAAUUCAUUCCUUGCUUACAGGCAAGUAGUGAGGUCUUGUGUAAAUCAGGGUGUACAAAGUACAGCUUGUCUCCCUGUACGUUUGUACUGCUGUUGGGUGUUGUCACCCUUUUCUUCUUCCUCAAAGCCCUGUGCCACAGGCACUGUGAAAACACUGUGAAGAGAGAAAGGUAGUUACUAGGGACGUGGAUCAAACUCACUAGCAUUUCCUGUAGCAUUUUCUGCCACCCAGCACGUUGGAGAGUCUUCCAGUUUUUCUUCUCAGAAGUGCCAUAGUAACCAACCCUUCAGUAAGAGACGAGGUUUCCCAAGACUUCGAAGGGAGGAAGCUGGCUCUCUGCAACGAGGAAUAGAAAACUGAGUUGCCUGACCAUUUCUCUUCUUUCACAUUCCAUCACAUGUAGUGUACUGUAUGGCUUCACUGUAUUUUCCAGCCUUAGGCAGCUCUAUCUGUUUUUAAGGGGUGUUGCCAGCUGGACAAUGCAAUUGGAUGGCACACUGGCGUUUUCUAUUUGGAAUUUUGCUCAUAGCGUUAAUCAUGAAGGUGACAUUGUUUGAUUUCCUUAGAGCCGUGACAUAGGACACCAGCACAGCAUCCUGAGCAACCCCUGCUCAGAGAGCAGUGAGGGGAGCACGUGGAGCUGAGCUGAGUUCUGAGGGCUUGCACAACACUAUUGGCCAUCUGCUUUUGCAGACACGGGGAACUUGCCCGCAAAUAUCAAGAUGCCCACUGCUUGUCUGGGUAUAUGCACUGUAGGUCAUGGCAGGGCAGCUGUGUUCCCUCAGAGACUGCUCUCGAGACAUGGAUUUGCUCAAAUUCUGCCUCUGCUCUUGCCCCAGUUCAUGCAUUUUUAUUUUUUCUUUCCAGAAUGAAACUCACCAGUCGUCUUUUCACUUGUCUGUUUUGCUUCUUAAACUGUGAGCACUAAACUGUGAGCGUGGAAUAAUAAAUAGAAAAACCUCUACUCUUUAAUGUCAGGUGAAAGAAUUGCUAAAGAAUUAAACUGUGUAUAUAUCUUCACAGAUUAUAUUUUAUAAAUCACGCUUUUUAGGUAAAUAUUUAUAAUUAAAUGUUUUUAUACUUUACAACAAAGCAGAUAAUUUCGUCUUCAAUUAUUCCUCCUUUUGCUGAAAUGUACAAAUAAAGCAUUGUUAUCUCCA